CAAAUAAACAAACAAAACACUUCAUUAAAAAAGAGAAUAUGUACAAACGAAUUUAAUUUUUUUUUACGGUUGUGUUAUUUAGAAAUGGUUCCUUAUUGCCUUUUUGUUCCGUAAAGCUGUAAUUUAAACACAAUCCUCCCAGAGUCGGUGGACUUUAGGACCUGGAGUAGAUAGAGACGGUCGCGUGAUGGACACGCAGGCAGGAGCGCGAGCGCGACAAAUCUCAGCAGCUCGGACGUGACAUACACAAUGAGGUCACGUUGAGCCUGCCGUCUCGGGCAUCAUGAGCGGCAAGAGCCUCCUCCUGAAGGUCAUCCUGCUUGGCGAUGGCGGCGUGGGCAAGAGCUCGCUGAUGAACCGCUACGUGAGCGACCGCUUCGACUCGCACUCGUUCCACACCAUCGGUGUGGAAUUCCUGAACCGCGACCUGGAAGUGGACGGGCGUCCGGUCACGCUGCAGAUUUGGGACACUGCGGGCCAAGAGCGCUUCAGGAGCUUACGCACGCCGUUCUACCGCGGCGCUGACUGUUGCUUGCUGACGUUCGCCGUGGACGACGCACAGAGCUUCCACAACCUCGGCGCCUGGAAGCAGGAGUUUGUGCGCUACUCGGACGUGCGCGAGCCCGAGCGCUUCCCGUUCGUCGUGCUCGGAAACAAGGUAGACAAGGCCGAGGACGGCGAACGGCAGGUGCCCGAGGAGGAGGCACGCGCCUGGUGCCAGGAGAACGGCCACUGCCCGUACUUCGAGACCAGCGCAAAAGACGACACCAACGUAAGCGCUGCUUUCGAGGCCGCGGUCCGCGAAGUGUUGGCUUUCGAGGAUCACGUCGACCACACCUUGCUCGGAAGCUCAAUUGACCUGCACGGCAAUCGCAAGGCACCGCGCUCUUCCUGCUGCUGAGGAGCUCGCUGAGAUUAAAGGCUUCAAAUAGUGUUAACCUUCUAGACGCUCCUCAUCGCUGCCCACUCCAGCAAAGGUCAACGGAAUGAAAAGAGGAGUAGAUGGACUGCACGGAGUCUCGACUGGAGGACUUUCUAGGUUAUUUAGGUACAGAUGUUAAAGAAAUACUCAUACAGUGUCACUGGUACAGAAUGUUUUGGUCUGCUUCUCUGCCUACAUUUGCAAAAGAGCCAGUGGUAUGAUGGAGAUGGUGAAGGGGUAUCCUCAGUUUAAGGUUAUACUGGGCUUGCAACACCACUACCCAUACAGUGUCAUUGGUAUGGUAUAGUGUGUGUGUGUGUGUGUGUGUGUGUGUGUGUGUGUGUGUGUGUGUGUGUGUAAGUAUGUGUAUGAUAUCACAGUGGAACAUCUAAGGAAAAAAGUCUUCGCCGUAUUGCAUUAAUCUUCCGGAUGGUCCUAAUCUCUGCGUACACUCCCAGAAGGACAACGGUACAAUAAGGGUGCAGCACAACCUUGAUCGUGUAUCAUUUCUGGCUUGAUUAGUGAGAGAAAUUACACCCGUAGUGUCGAUGGCAUGCCGUAGUCUCUAACUGUUACCUGCCAAAAGCUCUUACGUUGCACUGGGUUUUCUAACAGCCCUGCUUUCUUUUCCUGGAGGUCAUGGGUCUCCUACAUGCCUCACGAAGCUCUCACUUCUCGUUUCUCAGCCCGAGUGCGCUUCUGCUUUGUGUUGUGAGGUCGUUACGUUAUACAGUAACUCAACCACAAGCGUUCCUACUUCUGUGUUUGUAGAAGUGUAGAAGUAGAAGUGGAAGACCGUCAACGUUCGAAUUACCCGUCCUUCACGCCAGGCAUUUUUAUUUAUUUAUUUAUUUAUCCUAAAAAGUACGAACGUUAUGGUACUCUUCAUUCGGAACGAUGUUCGUUUUAAGGUCGGACACCAGAGAGCGGUCGUGUCUGCGAGGUGAAGCACGUUCCAGCUCUCCGUCACGCUGAAAAUAAGGACUGUCUCGCUUCUACAGCGCAUUCACGUUCAGUCCUUCACCUCAGAGCCUCGUAAAGCGUGAGGAGUCGGUCUUAAAUCAGCACUAAUUUGCUUUUGGAGCAGUUUAACCAUCGGGAGCGCUUGUGCUCUGGGUCAGCAGUUUUAUGCCUCGUUGUUAUGCUGCCCUUUACUUUUAAACAGUAGAAUAAUUAAAUAUCUUUUUGCUAAUCUGAAUGUGAAAAAAUACAACCACCCAAAGCACAUUUGCCCUGGCGUCUCGAUUUGAACUUUUCGAAAGGUACUUGUGCACAGUCCUGUCUUUUCAGGUAUAUUUGGUACACAAGAUUUUGAUAUUGUUGAGGUGUGUAACAUUUUAUUUCCUCCCUUCCUUCCAGCCGGUAUUAGUUAUUGAUCUCUCUUUCCUAUGAGUAAACCAGACCUGAUCAAGAUUUUGAUAUCUGCUAUUGCUGCCUAUAUGUAAGCAACAGAUGUAGCUCAUCAGUCCAUCCUUCCACUCAACGUUUACUCUCCUAACUUCAGUAUCGCGUUAACCUGAAGGACGGUCCUUGCCUUUGCUUGCUCUUGCAUGGAAACCCCACGACGCUUUACGCUACCGUCCUGCUGACGGUUUACGUAGCCGGCCUAUACGGGUUACGAAUCUCCGUCCGCUUAUCACAGGUUUUUAACGAGAAUGGUUCACUGUGAAACUUCCGGCACUGCGUUUCCUCGCACUGUUUGCUACACAGUAUUUAUUCUCCGUAUUGGAAACUGCCUACAGCUGAUGGCAUUUUAAAUUGAGGUACCUGAAUAAGUUGUGCUCACUGUGACUUGCAUCUUGUGUGAAAUUUAAUUUAAUCUGUUCUAGAUGUUGUUUGUGUUCUUGGAUGUAUUGAAAUGCGCUUUUGAUUGCUUGAACGAUUCUUGUUUUUAAUUUUUUUAUUUAAUGGCUGUAAUUGACUUUGUUGUCUGUUAACCAAGCCCUAGGUUUCUGGUACGCUGCAAUAAUCCAUGUUUUACUUUUUGUGUGCUGAUAACAUAUAAUAACGUCGUGUUCUGUUCGAGUACCUUGGAAUACCAACUUUACAAUUAUGAAAAAGUAUUGCUUUGUAAAACUGCCACAAAUCCACCGAUUUAUUACUGCAAUGAUUAAGCAGUGGCUUUGCAACUAAAAAAAAAAAAAAAGAAACAAUGUAUUUGGUUGAUGUGCUUCAAACUAAGCUGGAACUUGUGUAACGAUGCCUGAGAACGGGCGUGUAUCUCCUCAACCAUCCGGCCUAGUGUCGGGCAUCAUAUACGUCGGUCUCGGCAAUAAAGGUGGUCAAGGCAGCUUUUGUUUACAAACUAUAUAAACUAAUUCAGCUGGCAAAUAUCCAAUACCAGUGUGAAUAAACCUUACAACUGAC